AUGUCAGAUUUAUCUAAAUUAGUAGAAUUGGACUCGAUUGGAUGUAUAUCUGAUAGUUUGGAACAUGAUGUUUCCUCAAACCUUCAAGAAUAUAGUAAAGAUCCAACUUUCCAAAAAUUAUCAACUCAAUGCGUUAUUAGAAUGGCAGCAAACUCGGAAAAUAUAUCACCAGAAACGGCUCUUCGGCUUACAAAGCAUGUUGCUUCCAAAAAUAAAGAUGAUUUAAUUCAAUUAUUACAAGUAAUGAAGAUAUCUGGAGACUAUACAGAUGAUAUCAAAGAAAUAUUGAAAUGUGUAACAGAUAUUCCUGUUUUAAAGUUAUUUAUUGAUAAUUAUGAAUCAAAUUCAACAAAAAUUACUCAAAAACCAGAUAUUAUGUUAAGUAUUUCAGAUGGUGACUACUUUACAACAGAUCCACAACCUACAAAUGAAAUUAUGACCGAAAAAAUUGAUGAUAAUCCUCCUGAGACAAUAAAUGAUGUAAUAGACAGUAUCAAAGUAAUGAAAUCUUCCGAUUCUGAUACGCUUUCUUUCAGCGAUUCUGGCUCAGAUCACGGCAACGAUUCAGACAACGUUUUUGAGAUAACUACGGAACCUCCGAAGCUCAAGUCUGCAGAUUUAGUUGAUGACCACUCCGAUUUUAAUCCAUACAUGACUUUACGUCAGACAAUUAAAACAUCUGACAGUGUUUCCUCAACGAUGACUAGUUACAGCCAGCAAAUGAACAGCUAUAGCAAACAGACUGAAAAUAUUGCAACUCCGGCUCCAGAAUCUGGAGAUCCAAAUCUUGAAUCAAUUCACGGAGCUCUUUUAGUUGAACCGAAUGCAAAACCUGAAGUAGAAGAAAAUCUUCCACCGCAAUAUCCAACUGGUGAACUUCCUCAAGAAAAUAAUCAAAAUACAGAUUGUUAUCAGCAAGUUGAACCUGUUAAUGAUGUUCCAGAAGCUAUACCUGAAGAAAUUAAGCCACCUCCACCGGAAGCACCUGAAAAUAUCUUCCAAGCAGCUUCAAAAGGAAAUCUUGAUGCGAUGAUCAACUUUAUUGAGCAUCAAAUCAGUCCAACAGUUGCAGAUCAGAACGGAUGGACUCCAUUGCAUCACUCAGCAGUCCAUAGUUCAAUGAAUUGUUUGAAAUAUUUGUUAGCACAUCCAAUGUCUAACGUUAAUGCUCUAACUAACCUUGGACAACAAGCUAUUCAUAUUGGUGCUUUGCAGGGCCACUAUGAAGUUGUUGCUUAUCUGUUAAACAAAGGUUCAGAAUUUGAUCAUCCAGAUUCCGAAGGUUUUACACCACUAAUGUACGCCUGUGAAGGUGGAAAUGCCCAGAUCGUCAACAUUCUCAUCUAUGCAGGGGCGAAAGUCAACAUUUCCAACCAAAUUGGACUAACACCUUUAAAUAUUGCAGCAAGAGCUAAGAGUAGCGCAUGCAUAGAAGCUUUAUUAAAUGCACAUGCUAAAGUAGAACCUUCAAAGAACGUUCUUUUGUCUCCUUUUUAUAUUUCUGUUUCCAAAAAUGACGUAAAGAGUGCUCGAAUGCUUGCCGAUAAAGGUGCCAAGAUCAAUUCGCAGAACAAACAGCGUGUUGCACCUAUUCAUAUUGCUGCUUCCGAAGGAAAUGUUGAAAUGAUCAAAUUAUUAUUAGAAAAAGGAGCGAAAAUUGAAAUUGAAAACAAAGCAAAAGAAAGACCAUUAUACAUUGCAGCAAAGAAUGGCCACGUAGAUGCUGUAAAAGAGCUAAUUAGAGCUGGAGCAAAUGUAAAUGCACAACAGGAGAACGGAAACACUCCAUUGCAUAUUGCUGUUAUCGGUCAACAUGCAGAAGUUGUUAGAGCUCUGCUUGCUGCUCAUGCAAACAAAAGAAUUAAGAACAAAAGAUCGAAAUAUCCAGUUGAUAUUCCAACAAUACCAGAAAUUACAUCUCAACUUGCUUGA